AUGGCGGAUGCUAUCGUUUCCGUUGUGUUGGAGCGCAUUGCAGCUCUCGUGGAAGAGAAGAUCCGAGACGAAGUAAAUUUGGUGAGAGGAGUUAAGAAGGAGGUUCUCAAACUUUCCGUUGAUCUGAACACAGUCAGAAACGUGUUGGAAGAUGCGGAGAAGAAGGGUUAUAAGGAAAAGAGCAUCAAAGAUUGGCUGACGUGGCUCGAAAACACGACCUAUGAAAUGGAUGACGUGUUGGACGAAUGGAACUACUCCAUUCUCAAGUUUCAGAUCGAACAAUCGUCGUCUGAUCAUGCUGAUGUUGUUCCUCCUAAUAAGUGCACGGUACGCUUUUGCAUCCCUUGCUCGUGUUUAUGUUUCAAGAAAGUUUCUGUACGUCGUGGAAUUGCCUUGAAGAUAAAACAAGUGAAAGAACGGCUUGAUCUGAUUUUGGCGGAGAAAGAUCGGUUUCAUUUUGAUGAGAUCACGUCACAGCCAUCUGAUCGUGAAUCUUGGCGAGGUCAAACUACUUCUGUCAUCGACAAAGAUGAAGUUUAUGGCCGAGAUUUAGAGAGAGAAGCUCUGGUAAGCAAACUUGUGGGUGAAGGUGGUAGUAGCGAAGAAGGGUUAAUAGGAGGCAUCCGCGUUGUAUCUAUAGUGGGUGUGGGUGGCCUUGGGAAGACAACUCUUGCUCAACUAGCUUAUAACGAUAGUCGAGUAAUGAAUUGUUUUGAGUUAAGAAUUUGGAUAUCUGUUUCAGAUCCGUUUAACGAGGUUGAGAUUGCGAAAGGGAUUGUGGCAAGUGUGGAAAAGUUGGAUGAACCCCCAAAGACCAACCAAUUGGAAAUGCUACUGCAACGUCUAAAAGAGUCUAUUUCAGGGAAAAAGUUUCUUCUUGUUAUGGAUGAUGUUUGGACAGAAGACGAUACCAAGUGGAAACCCCUGAAAAACACUCUCAAAAGUGGUGGAACGGGUAGCAAAGUUUUGGUGACAACUAGAAACGAAAGGGUUGCAAUAAUGAUGAUGGGAGAGUUUAUAAAGAAUGAUCAGAUGAUCCAUCGUUUAGGAGUUCUCAAUGAUGAAGAUUGUUGGUCAUUGUUACGUCGGAUUGCCCUUUGUGGUAAGAACAAGGAUGAAUGUGAAGAAUUUGAGAACACGGGUAAGAAGAUAACAAAGAAGUGCAAUGGAUUGCCGCUUGCAGCAAAGACUUUGGGAAGUCUCUUACGUUUCAAGAAUACAUUGGAAGAGUGGGAGAGCGUGUUGAAUAGUGAAAUAUGGGAGUUGGAGGAAGUAGAAGAUGACCUCUUUCGCCAUUUGUUUCUGAGUUACAACGAGUUGUCCCCAACAUUGAAGCGUUGCUUCUCGUAUUGUGCCGUCUUUCCUAAAGAUACCAGAAUUAAUGUGGAUGAGCUAAUAACAAGAUGGAUGGCAAUGGGUUACCUAGGAUCGAAUGCUGAUGAUGACUGGAAAGUUAGAGGGAGAGGGUACUUUGAUAAGUUAGCAAUGCGUUCUCUGUUUCAAGACUUUUAUAUGAAAGAUGACGAUAUAAGGAUAGAAUCGUUUAUGAUGCAUGACAUUGUACAUGAUUUCGCUGAAUUCCUGAGGAAGAAUGUGGGAUCAAGAAUGAAGAACACAACUUGCAAAGACUGUAGCCAUUUGUUAGUUUCCCGAGUCGAAAAAUAUCGUAGCUUGUGUCAGUGCGAAGAAGUUCUUGAUUCCACAUUGUAUAACUUGCAAUUUCUUUGGGUGGGCUUGUGCGGGCUACAAGAAAUUCCGUUGGAGAUUGGGAAUUUGAGUGAGUUGAUACACUUGGAUUUGUACGGGAAUAGAGGACUGAGAGAGUUGCCGGAGAGCCUAUGCAAUUUGAGUAAAUUAGAAAGUUUGGAUGUAAAUUGGUGUUCUCGUCUGUGUGGACUUCCACAAGGGAUCCACAUGAUGAAGAAGCUCAAACAUUUGUAUAAUAAAGGUACUGAUUCUCUGAAGCAAUAUCCACAAGGAAUAGCCGAAUUAACGAGUCUAGUCACAUUGGAUAAAGUCUUCCUUUGUGAUGGGAGCCAGGUGGGGUGGUUGAAGAAUUUAAACCGACUUAGCGGGAAAGCCGCCCUCGUGGAUUGA